UAAUUUUGGAAUAUUUUCUUAAUUUAUAAACACACAAGCAUCAGUUAUAAAUAUGUGCACGAAUGCACAAUAGGCGCUAAAGUGAAUAAAGGUCUGACCGAAGAUCAUAUCUCCCUCCGUCCCACAAAAAUAGUUUAGUUUCAAUUUGGUCAACUUCAUCAAUGUAUAACUCAUUUUACCUUUUAAAUUUCCAUAUUCACCCUCAAUUGAAACUUAUUUUUAAUCAUCACUACGGCCGGCGAACUUAGUUUGAUUCUGUUCGUUUGACGACGUCAGUGCUGCCGGGGGUCGUGACCGGACGGGAGCUGUCCAACCCUCCCUCUGAUUGAAUAACCAACCUUCAAUAAUCACAACGAUCAGCUCCUCCUGUCUUCUUGAGAUAAGGCCAUAGUAAAAAAAAAUUCCUUUUAAAAAAGGAAAAGAAAAGCAGCACGAUAGUUUGCUAUUUUCUGUUUGUGGUUUGGGAUUUCCCGAUGGUUUGCUUGGGUUAAGAAUUGUUUAUCCAUCGGCGUGGGUUUGGGGUAUUUUGUUUUGAUUUCUUCGUGUUUAUUUUUACCAGGAAACAGCGAUGCCCAAUCCCAGGAGUCCUGCCUGGAAUCCGCGAGUACCUUGGUGGAAAUCUCAUAUCGGUAAAUUUAAUCCUCCCAGCGAGCUCUUAGACUUUGAUCUAGACAAAGUAAAACACUAGUGCUUUAUUAUUAUUAUUGUUGUUAUUGGUUGUGAAUUAUGUUUGUUUCUUAUGUUUUGCAUUGAUCUUUGCAUAGGAGAGAGAAGUGUUAAUGGCGUUUCCUGCCUUUCAUGAUAAUAGUCUUUGUGUUGAUGUUCCGCCAGUUGACCGAUCUGCAGAGUUGAAGCAUCAUGAAACCAACACAAAGGUUAUUGAUCUCUCUCAACCUGAUAAAUGGCUCCGUGGCAACUCUGGCUUUCCCAAUCCAAGGACCAAAGCACCCAGCAAAGCUGAUGAUGAUGAUGAGCCACCAAGCAAAGCUGCUUAUAUGCUUGCUGAUGAUAAACAGAUAACAAAUGCAUCUCUAUACCGUACAUCUGAUCACUGGGUUGAGGGUGAUUCCCUAGACUUCCCGUUCUGGAAUUUGCAAGGGACCAAAGCUGAUGAUCCGGAGUAUCUCCAACUUAGGGAGAGGGUCAAAGCUGAAUUCUGUAGACCUGGUCAAGUGCCUAUUGAUUUAGAUAUUGUGGACCCUGAUGAUCUUUGUCCUGUCACCCACCAGGAUACCUGCCAGGAUCCAUUGGCUUCUCUCUACCCGAAGAAAGUAAAGGGGAAGACGAUUUUGGCUUUUCUUGUCAAAGAAGGGGUUAUUGUAGCUGCUGAUCAUAUACGAGGCUCUGUUGGCACGGCCAUUAUUCCACUUAAUAGUCACAUUCUUGCUGCUGUUUCUGGGGAUGACAUUGACCAGGGGCGAGCUUUGCUGCUUGAUGUGCGAAAGAAGUGCUACGGUGGAAUUCCUGUUGAAGACGCAGCGAAGUUGGUGUCGGAAGUUCUCGUAACAUUUCAUGGUGAGGAGGGUUUGUCGUUAACUACAAUAAUUGCAGGGCGUAACAAAAAAAGUCGUAGUGUGUACCGUUUGGAUGGCAAGGGGGCUCUGUGUAGAGGUGUGAAGUAUACAGCUGGAUCUGGUUAUCAAAUAGCUACUGUCAAUGUGAAUUUCUCUUUCCGUGCAGAUUUGACUGCUGAGCGAGGUAUAGAGAUUGGCAAGUGUGCAAUUUGCAGGGCUGGUUAUAGAGCUAGUGAAACUGGUGGUUUUGCCAGUGGUUACUACAUUGGAGCUAGUGGUUGGAGGAAGGUGUUCGAUAACAUAAACAUUGAAGACACAGUGGAAACUCAAUUCCCAGACCAAUUUGAUGGAAGGCGUUUCCCUCUCCCCCAUUAAUGGAUUGGCGGUUUAUGCAUUGUGUUGGAUCUCUCAAGACAAUUCGGCAGUAGAUAUCUAAGUUGUAGAAUCCUUUAAUUUGUGCUUGGCAGGAGUGUCCAACUAAUGUAUUUCCGUUUUUUUGAGUGCUGUGUAUUUUCUCUCUCCUGGAUUUGGUAGGGAAUGUUGAAUUUGUUGUGGUGUCUCAAUUUGUGACUGGUAGGCAGUGGCGCAGUGCUCUUUACUUCAUUACUAUUAACGUAUUGAUUGUUUUUGUAUGUAUUUGGUAACUCAAGAUAUGGUAAGUCGCAAAGGACCGCUUUCAACUGGUUCUUCAGCAUUACCAUCAACCUUAGAGAAACCGCCUAGACUUGGCUAUUGUUUUAGAAACCACUAGAUCUUCUUUAUGAC